UUUUUCCUUUUCUUUGUAAUAAAAAAAUACUCUUCCUUCCCUGACAUUUCUCUUAGGAAAAGAAAAAACCAAUCGGUGUCCAUCUCUCGCCGUAAUAUUUGCGUCGGACCAGUCUCCGGCGAUCUUUCCUUUCUUCUCAGGCGAUCACCCUAUUGAUUCAUAAUUUUAUCUUCAAUUCAAAUAGUUUAAGCUUAAUUUCUUUUGUGAUUGAAUCCUUUUGGAAGAAUGUUGAGAUCGAUGAAGAUUUUUUGCAGGGAAAAGUAUCUUCCUUUUGAACAGCUGGUGUUAUUCUAUAUACAUGUGGGAUUCAUAUAAAAGUCGGGCUGUUAAGUGUAGGUUUGUUUUUUUGUUUGGAAAAUCCCAUCAAUGUGGUUUUGUUUGGAGUGUUUGGAUGGAUGUAUGCAAACCAGAGCAACGAUUACACAAGCUUGCUGAUGCAGAUUCCAUAAGACCACCCCUUGUUUCUGCUGAAAAGAACAAUGGGCUACCCACUACCGGACAUUCUCGAACUAGGGAAGUUAGUUCGAGGCAUAAAUCACCCACUCGAUCAACACCUUCUGGUCCUAGGCGUUGUCCAUCUCCAACUCCAACUAGAACAACCACUACCCUUUCCCCAGGGGUGCAAAAGAGAGCUGUGUCUGCAGAGAGGAAGCGCCCCUCAACAUCACCUCCACUUCAAAUAACCUCUACUCCAGCUCAUGAUUCAUCAACAGCUGUGCCAAUAUCAUCUCGAAGGCUAUCAACUGGCCGUAUACCUGAUAGUUUAUGGCCUUCUACCAUGAGAAGUGUUAGUGUUCCAUUUCAGUCUGAUACUCUUUCUCCUGUUAGUAAAAAGGAAAAAGAAAAGCCAGUUAGUAAUGUUUCCUUGGAUCGCACUUUGAGACCUUCUUCAAAUGUGGCUCAUAUACAACAAUCAGAGACCUCUACCUUAUCAAGGAAGCCUAGUCCAGAGAGAAAGAGAAGUCUUAUUGAAGCGAAAAAUGCACCUGAUCAGUCUGAAAAUGCAAAACCUGUUGAUGGUUUGCCUAGCCGAUUGAUAGAUCAUCAUCGAUGGCCUAGUAGAAUUGGUGGCAAAUUAUCUUCCAAUUCUCUGAACAAAAGUGUGGACCAGGGGGGUAAAAUUGUAAAAAAUUUAUCCACACCAAAUCUAGAAUUAGUAUCUUCACUGAAGAGAAUGCCAGUGUCUGAUAGUUCAGGUAAACCUCUGCUGAAAUCUUCUAAUGAUGCUGGAAGGCUGUUAUCACUUGAUGACAUUGGUCGGGUAGGGUUUGAGGCAACUUCAAUUGAUGAUAAGCCUUGGCGGGCAUCUUUUCCUGCCAGCAUCCUUUCUGCUAGUUCAUUGGACAAAACGACGUUAACAACUUCAGGAUCACAAUCUCAAUCACCACGAAAGACCUAUGUUUCUAGGGGAGUCAGUCCACAUCGGGUAAGAACUUCCACUCCAACUGCAAGAGGAGCCAGUCAUACUUCAAGGGGAGUCAGUCCAACUCCAACUGCGAGAGGAUCUAGUCAUACUUCAAGGGGAGUCAGUCCAACUCCAACUGCAAGAGGAGCCAGUAGUACUUCAAGGGGAGUCGGUCCAACUCCAACUGCAAGGGGAGUCAGUCCAACUCCAAGGGUAGUCAGUCCAGCUCGGAUGAGGAUAUCCACCUCAUCGAGUCAAUCUCAUAGCUCAACUCCAGCUCUCAGUCCAACUCCAAGAGUAGUCAGUCCAACUACGAUAGGGACAUCCACCACAUCAAGUCUAUCUCAUAGCUCAACAUCAGUUCUCAGUUCAACUCCAAGGAUAGUCAGUCCAACUCGGAUUAGGACAUCCACCUCAUCCAAUCAAUCCCAUAGCUCAACAUCCACCUCAUCCAAUCAAUUUCAUAGCUUAACUUCAAUUCUCAGUUCAACUCCAAUAGUAGUCAGUCCCACUCGAAUGAAGGCAUCCACCUCAGAAAGUCAAUCCCAUAGCUCAACUUCAGUUCUUAGUUCAACUACAAGGCUAGUUAGUCCACCUCAGAUGAGGACAACCACCUCAUCCAGUCAAUCCCAUUGCUCAACAUCCGCCUCAUCCAGUCAAUCCCAUUGCUCAACAUCCGCCUCAUCCAGCCAGUCCCAUAGCUCAACAUCCACCUCAUCUUGUCAAUUCCAUGUCUCAACUUCAGUUCUCAGUUCAACUCCGAGAGUAGUUAGUCCAAUUCGAGUGAGGACAUCCACCUCAUCAAGUCAAUCUCAUAGUUCAACUUCAGUUGUCAGUUCAACUCCAAGAGUACUUAGUCCAACUCGGACGAGGACAUCCACCUCAUCAAGAAGAACCCAUAGUCGAUCCCAUAGCUCAUCUUCAGUUCUUGGUUCUACUCCAAGAGGUGUCAGUCCGACUCCAAGGGUAGGCAGUCCUACUCGGAUGAGAACAUCCACCUCUUCGAGUCAAUUCCAUAGCUCAACUUCAGUUCUCAGUUCAACUCCAAGGGUAGUCAGUCCUACUCGGAUGAGGAUAUCCACCUCAUCGAGUCAAUCCCAUGGCUCAACUUCAGUUCUCAGUUUUGUCACAGAUUGUAAGAAGGGAAGAAAAGGUGUCAGCUCAAUAGAGGAUGCUCAUCAACUGCGUCUUCUUUAUAAUCGCUAUUUGCAGUGGCGUUUUGCUAAUGCCCAUGCAGAAGCUGUAUUCGAUAUUCAGAGAGUAAAUGCAGAGGAAACUUUUGCAAUGUUUGGAAUGAUACUUUGGGUCUCUGCAACGCUUUGAUCAAGAAAAAGAUCAAUCUCCAACGGUUGAAGUUAGAGCUCAAGCUGAACUCUGUUUUGAAUCAUCAAAUGGCAUACCUCAAUGAUUGGGCAUUACUUGAGAGAGAUCAUUUAAGUUCCUUAGCUGGAGCAGAAGAAGAUCUGGAGGCAAGCACCCUCCGUAUUCCCAUAACUGGUGGGGCAAAGGCUGAUAUCGAAUCAUUGAAAGCUGCUAUUUGCUCUGCUGUUGACGUGAUGCAGGCCAUGGGAUCCUCCAUUUGUUCUUUACUCCCAAAGGUGUUGAGACUCUCUCAAUGUCAUCCUGGAUGAUAUAUAUAUCUGAAUAUUUAUAGCAUAUGCCUGG